UCAAAUUGAUGAUAAAAAGUGAAAUUUCAAAACAAGUUUUUUACAUGGCUGGUACGCUUAUUAAUUUAUUUUAUUUGGGGUAAGUCAGCGUCAAAAUGGUUUUGGCCGAUUUGGGCCGCAAGAUCACUUCGGCCCUUCGGGGUCUGAAUAACGCCAGCGUCAUCAAUGAGGAGGUGUUGAAUUCCAUGCUGAAAGACAUCUGUGCGGCACUGCUGGAAGCCAACGUUAAUGUUAUGCUAGUCAAAAAACUUAGGGAGAAUGUACGUAAUGUUAUUGAUUUUGACGAGAUGGCCGGAGGUCUGAAUAAGAGGCGCAUGAUACAGAGCGCAGUGUUCAAAGAACUAGUGAAAUUGGUAGAUCCUGGUGUAAAAUCUUACCAGCCAGUGAAAGGACGACCAAACAUUAUUAUGUUUGUCGGUCUACAGGGAUCUGGUAAGACAACCACUUGCACCAAGUUGGCAUAUUACUAUCUAAAAAAAAAUUGGAAAACUUGUCUCGUGUGUGCGGAUACCUUUCGUGCUGGAGCCUAUGAUCAAUUGAAACAGAACGCUACUAAAGCCCAAAUACCUUUUUAUGGAAGUUACACAGAAGUAGAUCCUGUUGUGAUAGCUCAAGAUGGUGUAGAUAUGUUCAAAAAAGAAGGUUUUGAAAUAAUUGUUGUUGACACUAGUGGACGACACAAACAAGAAGCUUCUUUAUUCGAAGAGAUGUUACAAGUGUCAAAUACCAUUAAACCUGAUAACAUAGUAUUUGUUAUGGACGCAACAAUCGGUCAAGCUUGUGAGGGGCAGGCUCGAGCUUUUAAAGAUAAAGUCAAUAUUGGUUCUGUAGUGAUCACUAAGCUUGAUGGCCAUGCAAAAGGAGGAGGAGCACUUAGCGCUGUGGCAGCUACGAAGAGUCCAAUUAUUUUCAUUGGUACUGGAGAACAUAUAGAUGAUUUUGAACCAUUUAAAACAAAGCCGUUUGUCUCCAAAUUGCUUGGUAUGGGUGAUAUUGAAGGACUUAUCGACAAAGUAAAUGAAUUAAAACUAGAAGACAAUGAAGAGCUGAUUGAAAAAAUAAAACACGGACAGUUCACAAUAAGAGAUAUGUAUGAGCAAUUUCAAAACAUUAUGAAGAUGGGUCCAUUUUCCCAAAUCAUGGGUAUGAUACCAGGAUUUAGUCAAGACUUUUUAUCUAAAGGUAGUGAAAUGGAAUCUAUGGCUCGAUUAAAAAAGCUUAUGACAAUUAUGGACAGUAUGAAUGAUGGAGAACUUGACCAUAGAGAUGGAGCAAAAUUGUUUACAAAACAACCAGGACGUAUAAUUAGAGUAUCUCAGGGAGCGGGUGUUACAGAACGUGAAGUACGAGAGCUUAUAUCUCAAUAUACAAAGUUUGCUGGAGUUGUAAAAAAAAUGGGUGGAAUCAAGGGAUUAUUCAAGAGCGGUGAUAUGUCCAAAAAUGUCAAUCCAUCACAAAUGGCCAAACUUAAUCAACAAAUCACCAAAAUGAUGGAUCCCAGGGUUUUGCAGCAAAUUGGUGGAAUGCCAGGAUUGCAAAAUGUUAUGCGACAGUUACAACAAGGCGCUGGAGGAGGUCUUGGUAAUUUAAUGGGCGGUUUAGGCAAAUAAAUAAUUGUAAACAAAUAAACUCUUUCCAAAAUAUAUUAUGUACUUUUUCAUCUGUACAAAUUCCAUAAAGUAAUAUAGAUAAUUGUCUUGUGUAA